GUUCAAUCUGAUGGCUUGUUUUCCUUGAAAUGGGAGCGCAGUCGCAUUGGAAACCAGUAAGUAAUGAUGCACUGCUCUUAUCCAUAGGCCGUGUAGUGUUUACAUAUGAAAAAUAAUGAAUUUGUUGUUUUACAUAUAGUUUGAUUCUUUUUGUUAUUUACUUUAUUUUUGUAUUGCUUUUCAAAAAUGUGUUGUAAUCAAUGAACUGCUAUUAGUAUAUGUAUUUUUUUAUUCUAAACCUUACAUAAAAAGUAAUAAAAUUUGCGCUUGGUAGUUGCUAUAGGGGCAAGUUUUGUCAUCUUGGAGGAAAGAGUUCGGUCCAGACUGUGGAGAUAUGGGAUUGCCACUGGUUGUAGAAUCUCAUCUCAAUAUCUCUCUGCACUGAGAUUGCCUCCAAUGAUGGCAAGCCUCAUUUUUCCAGUGAGGGAGAUGCCGCCCCACAGUGCCUCCACCAAAAGAUGUUACUCUAUUGGUGCAGCAAUCAGCAUAGUGUUCUCUUCCUCUUCUCUGCACUUAGACCCUACAACUGCUGUAGGAAGGAUUUGGACUCAUCAGUGAACAUUAUGGGCUAUGCUCACAGGUGCUGACAAUCAGGUGCUAAUCAGGCACCUGAUUGCUCCUUACAAAUGUGGCACCAUUUAAAAGGGAAAUAAACAGGCUUUACAACUGUUUAAGAUCUAUUGCAAAGAAGCAUUGUUACAACAAGGAAAUAAUCUACGAAACACAAAUUUCCUUACUUUCUGUGCUAAGUUUCUAAGCUUUGAAUAAUAACCGUCACCUACUAUGGCACAGCUUGUUAACCUGCUGGGGUGGAGAAUGUAGAUUUGAGCCCCCCGCCCCCUCCAGGAUGGCACAGAUUCGAAGCUGCUGCUGCCCUAAUCCAACAUCACUCUCACUACAGCUGCAGGAUGAGAGCACAGAGAUUUUUUGGAGCCAGCAGCUCUUAGCCUAAAGGAGUAAACACCAGAAUGACCGGAUAACAAGACUACGGGAGGCAAAUCAGUGGUUUCAACAAGUGCUGGUGCUGUUUUCUGGUUUAAUUUUUUUAAUGCCCCGCUUUGAUAACUGAGGACAUACUUACAUCUGGACUCUAGACACAGACUAUAGAUCAAUCCUUGCAUCAUGGGAAUCACAGUCUACAACAUCUCGUCCACCACAGCCAAAGUGAAAUGGCCAGCGUCGCCCACCUGCCUCGACACUUUCUACAGUGUCAUGUACCACCCAAACUUGAACAGCCUCGUCAUGAGCUACAAACGCAAGAGCUUCAUGCACGAGGAUCGAAUCCCGGUCAGCCAGACCAGCACGCACGUGGGUAACCUCCUUCCUCAGACCGCCUACUUCCUGUGUGUGACAUGUCAGGCAGCCAAUCCGGUGCAGGAUCAGUGCCAGGUGUUCAGCACUCUGAGUGAGAGCAGUGAAGGUCAUGACAGAGCUGGCUGGGAGUUUGCUGUGGGCGUGUGGCUGACCUGCUGCCUCUUGCUGCUGGUCAUCGCUGGCAUCCUGAUGUGGGGGUGUCUCCACAACAUCUGCCCCUUCCCUGGUCAGGGUGGAGGCGGCUGUAACGUGAUCACCAACUCAAACCACCAAGACAUGUCUGGGUCAGGUCGUCUCUACACACACAGACGCAGCAGCACCGACAGCUCCAAACAUGCUGCCAACAUCCAGCGUCCCCUCCUCUCCACGCAGAGAGGCAGCCAUGUAAUUACCCAGGACCAUGAGCUGAGGACGCUUGCUAAGCUGUCGGGCAGUGAGCCAGUAUGAAUCAUCUGGAUUAAGGUCAUGAUGGCAUUGUUUUGCACGGACUAAAACACCAACAAGUCCUAUAAUACACUAAUGAAAUCCUACUGAGCUCAGGAGGUGACAUGGAGAGAAAAAUAUUAAAUUCUUGAUUUAAUAGUAAUAGAAACUGUUUUAAAACUCAUAAAUUUAUUAGGCCAAAAUAAAGAUUUUCUCUAUAAAAGUUCAGGCGCUUACUGGUUUGUUUUUUAGCAGAAAUCAGGGGUUCAUACUGAUCUUAACUGACUUAGAAAUGCUAAGGUCUAAAAUAUUUUCAGCAGCUUCAAAUGAACAGUUUUGCCAUUGUAACAUGCAGAUAAGCUGACAUUUUAAUUAUGCAACAUAUUACAAGUUAAGGA